CAACUCACUACAUGUGACUCUCUUUUGCUGUUAAUGAUAUUUUCAGAUGCUCCACUUUGCACGCUCAAGUCAAGUCGUCUCAUAGUUUUCAACCCGCACACCCAGAGAGCAGAAUAGAUUCUGGUACAAUUUUACAACAGCAAGAAGGAGAAAUGGGGUCGGAGUCGAACAUGGUUCACUCACCCAUGGUCACAUACGCCUCUAUGCUCUCUCUUCUCACGCUCUGCCCUCCUUUUGUUAUUCUCCUAUGGUAUACCAUGGUGCAUGCUGACGGAUCUGUAUUGCAAACCUUUGAUUACCUAAGGCAGCAUGGCCUGCAAGGAUUCAGGGACAUCUGGCCAAAACCCACAGCAACGGCUUGGAAGAUCAUAGCCUGUUAUGCAGCAUUUGAGGCUGCACUUCAGCUUUGGUUACCUGGAAAAAGGGUUGUGGGUCCAAUAUCUCCUACUGGAAAUCAGCCCGUAUACAAGGCAAAUGGUGUUGCAGCAUAUGCAGUAACAUUGAUUACGUAUCUUGGUCUUUGGUGGUUUGGAAUUUUCAAUCCCACAAUAGUUUAUGAUCAUCUUGGAGAGAUUUUUUCAGCUCUCAUUUUUGGGAGCUUUAUCUUCUGCAUUCUCUUGUACAUAAAAGGACUUGUUGCACCAUCUUCAACUGAUUCUGGUUCAUCUGGAAACAUAAUAAUUGACUUCUAUUGGGGCAUGGAGCUGUAUCCUCGUAUUGGCAAGAACUUUGACAUAAAAGUAUUUACAAAUUGCAGAUUUGGGAUGAUGUCUUGGGCUGUUCUUGCUGUGACCUAUUGCAUAAAGCAGUAUGAAACAUAUGGGAAGGUUUCUGAUUCCAUGCUUGUCAAUACGAUGUUGAUGUUGGUAUAUGUAACAAAAUUCUUUUGGUGGGAAGCUGGAUAUUGGAACACAAUGGAUAUUGCUCAUGAUAGAGCUGGAUUUUAUAUCUGCUGGGGAUGCUUGGUAUGGGUUCCAUCUGUUUAUACUUCUCCUGGCAUGUACCUUGUCAACCAUCCCGUGGAUCUUGGAAUGCAGCUGGCUCUCUAUAUUCUUGUAGCAGGCAUUCUUUGCAUAUAUAUCAACUAUGAUUGUGACAGGCAAAGGCAAGAAUUUCGCAGAACAAAUGGCAAAGCCUUGGUUUGGGGUAAAGCUCCAUCAAAGAUUCACGCCGAAUAUACAACAACUUCGGGUGAGACAAAAUCAAGUCUAUUACUAACAUCAGGAUGGUGGGGCUUAUCUCGUCACUUCCAUUAUGUCCCUGAAAUAUCAGCGGCCUUUUUCUGGACUUUACCAGCUCUUUUUAACCAUAUUCUGCCUUACUUUUAUGUGGUGUUUCUCACCAUUCUUCUCUUUGACCGAGCUAAAAGAGACGAUGAUCGAUGCAGAUCAAAGUAUGGAAAAUAUUGGAAAUUAUACUGCGAGAAGGUUCCCUACAGGAUUAUACCUGGUAUUUACUAAGAAUCUGAACAGGUUAAUUCUGAGUUUCCUUGAACUCUUUACUAGAUAGCACUCUCCCUUGGAAGAGUGGCAGGAUUUGGUUUCUAAAUCUGUAUGCUAUAAUGACACAGGGGUGUUGUACUUUUAUCGCAUACAAUAAUACCAUCAGUUUUAUUGUAAAAUUUCGGAUUGUGGUUUCUCUUUGAAGAAUUUUCUCUGCAAACUCAAUUA